CGGGGUACCGCCCGCUGAGUUGUGGCGGAGGCGGACCGCGUGCCUGGCCAGAGGAGAUGUGCGACAGCAGCGUGUGAAGCGUCUGAAGAACUCAGUUGGCACGGCUGUGAGGAUGCUGUCAGUUUGUCUCGUGUUAGAAAGCUGCCUCGGGCCGAGCUAAGCCGAGGCACUGCAAUGGAGAGUACAGUGUCUGUCACGUUCCUCGUGUCGUUUUUCAUACUGUUGUGUGAAAGUUAUCAUCGUGGAGUGGAGACGACUACUGUUGUGCAGACACUGGAGAGAACUUUUCCAGAAAAGGCAGCUGGCAUUAACGAUGACUUGGCAGGAUUGAGACAGAAGCAUCACCUUCAAGAACUUUUUAAUCGUUAUGGAGAAAACAACUCUCUGACAAUUGAAGGAUUUAGAAAACUGAUCCAGAACAUAGGGAUAGAUAGAAUGAAAAGGAUUAAAAUAGAUCAUAACCACGAUCAUGACCAUGACCAUCAUCUUCAUCAUAACCACAUUUCCUUGAGUAAAAACUCUGAGAAGACUGUUUGUCCGAACCACGAAUCUGAUGCUAACAAAGACCCCAGGAACAAUCAUUCAAAGGAACCUCAUAAAGCAGAGAAUGCAGACCAUCAGCACAACUUUGUCCACAGUAAGAACACUGUCAAUGAAAUCACUGGGUCGAUCAACACUACUCCCACAGACGGCAGUUCUGAACUGCAGAAUUUGGAACCUGCAGAAGGCAAGUCUGUUGCUCAAGUAGGCCUGGCUGGCUCUAACACCAUUAAUAUCACAAAUGGAAGCAGUACGAGUUGGCUUGCAAACACCAAGUCAAAUGAAUCUCAUGUUUCUCCGAAGGAAUUGGAAAAAGGAAGCUACCUGUAUUCCAAACUUAAAAACACAAAUACCCAAGAGUGCUCCAGUGCAUCAAAGCUGAUGCAGUCCCAUGGAAUAAGCACUGAAGUAUUGUUGUCUGCCACAGAAUUUAGCUAUCUCUGCCCAGCUCUUAUUAAUCAGAUUGAUGGGAAGUACUGCAUAGUCCAUGCGAGUAGCGAAAAAGCUGAAGCUCCUCCGAAAGGUUAUUCUCUGCAAAUAGCUUGGAUUGGUGGCUUUAUAUCCAUCUCAGUCAUCAGUUUCCUUUCUUUAUUGGGGGUUAUACUGGUACCUUUGAUGAAUCGUGUGUUUUUCAAAUUUCUUCUAAGUUUUCUUGUGGCAUUGGCUGUGGGGACUUUAAGCGGAGAUGCCUUCUUACAUCUCCUUCCACAUUCUCAUGGAAACCACCACCAUCACCACGAAAAGGCUCCGCUUGAACAGAACAAAGGUCCUCUGUUCAAGCAUCUUGUUUUUCAAAGUACAGAAGAGAGUGCUUACCUGGAUUCUACAUGGAAGGGACUUACAGCGCUGGGAGGCUUGUAUUUUAUGUUUCUAGCGGAGCAUUUGAUCACUUUAAUAAAGCAGUUUAAAGACAAGAAGAAAAAGAAAAAAAAUGAAGAUGAUGGAGAAAGUAAGAAGUUUUCAGCGAAUGAAGAAAAGUUAGAUACAGAUGAUCGGUCUGAGGGCUAUCUAGGGACAGACUCACAAGAUCCAUCGCCCUUCAUUUCUCAGCAGCCAGCUGUGCAAGAAGAAGAAGAAGUCAUGAUAGCUCAUUCUCAUCAAGAGGAGGCUGAUAAUGAAUAUGUAUCCAGGGGCUGUAGGAACAAAUGCCAUUCUCACUUACACGAUACUCUUGGACAGACAGAUCAUCUGAGUCACCACCACCAUGACUACCAUCACAUUCUUCAUCACCAUCAUCAUCAGAACCAUCAUCCACACAGUCACAGUCAGCGCUACUCGCGUGAAGAACUGAAGGAUGCUGGAAUAGCAACUCUAGCGUGGAUGGUGAUAAUGGGAGAUGGACUGCACAAUUUCAGUGAUGGCCUAGCAAUUGGAGCAGCCUUUACUGAAGGCUUAUCAAGUGGUUUAAGCACGUCUGUGGCUGUGUUUUGCCAUGAAUUACCUCAUGAGCUAGGAGAUUUUGCUGUACUUCUAAAAGCUGGUAUGACUGUCAAGCAAGCUGUGCUUUACAAUGCCCUGUCAGCAAUGUUGGCCUACCUUGGAAUGGCAACUGGGAUACUUAUUGGUCACUAUGCAGACAAUGUCUCCAUGUGGAUAUUUGCACUUACUGCUGGCUUAUUCAUGUAUGUGGCGCUUGUGGAUAUGGUGCCUGAAAUGCUCCACAAUGAUGCUAGUGAUCAUGGAUGUAGCCGCUGGGGAUACUUCCUGUUACAGAAUGCUGGGAUUCUCUUGGGUUUUGGGAUAAUGCUGCUCAUCUCGGUGUUUGAACAUAAAAUUGUAUUCAGUAUAAACCUGUAAUUUUGCCAGGAUAGAGAUUGGUGUUAAGUUAUAAUUGGUAGUUGGAUUUUUUUAUUCCAUAACAGAGGGGUACGCUUGAUAUAGUCUAGGUAUUUCUAUUGGUGUGUUUUGUUGUCGUCCUUGGGUCUUUCAAUCUCCAACCCUUUUCUCUCCCAUAGCAAUGAGAACUGUAAGGAUUUUCACUCUGAAUGUAGUAUUGCAUACGGUACCAUGACAAGACAAACUCAGUAAGUCAUAGUGAGUGCCAAAUCUAUUAAUGCAGUGUCUCCUGUGGUGGGGGCCAAGGUGUUUUUGUGAAUUUAUUUACUGUAUGUAAAUAUAUGCAACAGUGGCUUUUUUUUUUUUACUUCAUGUUUUUGUUGGUAUAAAGAAAUAAAAUGUCAGUGGUUCUUAUUCUAGCACAAUCAAAACCAGUGAACAGAGAGCACAGUGAGCAGUGUAAAGCAACAAAGACAUGCAGCAGGUAGUGUGGAUUUAUACUGGUAGAAACUGAUCUCCGUCCACUUUGUUCAGGGGGGUGGCAGAUGAGCUCACUCCAUCCUCUUGGUGGUGCUUCUCCUUGUGGAUUCUGUUUCCUACUCCAGUUGGUUUCUACUGCAAAUGAUUUCAUGUGAAAUUGUUUGAUUGAAGUGCUUGCAACAAGUAUGUUUCACCUGUUUCUUCCCCACUGAUAGGAGUUACUCUUCACUGAUCCCUCAAAUUGGCAAGAACAGUACAGCUAUUACAUUGUAAAAGUGUUUCUGUAGCUGUAGUAUACUUGAAUAACAUUAAAGAGAUUUUUAAAGUAGUGUUCUAUCACAUUUACGCUGCCUGAAAGGGUGAAGUUGUAUCACAGAUUUUGAUAUCGUGGGGAGUAGUGUUAGUAGUCCUUUGCUACAACAGCCGCCUUGGUUUGUUUUGGGAAAUGGGAUGACUGGGAGAGCUGAAUUCAUCUAGUUCUGCAUAAUAACAUAAGAUAAACGUGUGCUUGCAGAACAGUUACAUCCUUUCAGCUAAAGCUGGAAGACCCAAAGAGCAAGCUUUCUGACAGCGCGUAUAGAGAUGCAGAAUAUGAAGAAUAACCCAUACGUACAUGAGUAUGUGAUUUGAGCUCACUGGCUGUGGUCUUAAUAUCUCAACCACCCUGAAAGUAUCCUUAGGAAGGAAAGAUGGAAAGGCCAAUUGUUUAAAAAUAAAUAAAUAAAUCAUACUCUGACAAGGAGAAUCCUGCAUUUACGGUGUUGCAGAAUUGGCAGGAAAUGCGAGCACUACAUUAUUGUGUGCCUCAACUUUUAUAUAAUAAGAUACGCUAUCUUAACUCGCUUACUUAAAACCAGAAAUAAUCAAUUACAAUUUUUCUCUGAUUCAACUUUACCACUGCUUCAAACCUUCAGCUGAGUAAAAAACUUGAACGAAGAGGAAGUAUUUGAUGAUCCCAUGUCUGACAAGUUAAAGCAGUCUGGCAUAUGGUGGUCUGUCAUUAAAAUGAAAGCCAAAACUGUCACAUCAAAAAUGGGUGUUUGGAAUGAAUUGAAAGAUUUGGUUUUUGUUGUUUGUUUGUUUCUUUCUCUGGUUGAGAAAGAAUGUAUGCAGGCAGUGGGCUGUUACCUCUUUUUUUUUUUAACCUCCCUUCAAUUCUUUACUCAGGUUAACCGGGCAGAUUUAUUUAAACUCCUUUCCACAGUGAUGAAAUACUGCUCUAUCAAUAUUUCUCGAGCAAGCCAAAAUAAUCAGCGUAGAUGUGUUAAGGUUUUGAUGCCAGUGCCAAAACUCAUACUGAAGGAUUAAAUAAGAACAGAUUUUUUCAGA